AUGUUCUUGGCCUUUUGCGACCUGCUGAGGCAGCUGGGCAAAUAUGGAGCGCUGGCCAUUGCUUCGCAGAACAUGGACGAGGUUUACCGCUCCGUCAUGACAGCAGCGGAUUACCUGUCCAUCCUGAACGAUAGCGCCCAGAUUGGCACUUACAAGGAGCUCUUGUCUAAUCUGGGCAAGCUCUCACACGAAGUGCGGGCUCAUAAAUGCGUCCUGCAGACUUUGGCGCAGAGCUACCAGCCUUCCCUGGAAGAUACGGACUUCACGACACUACUCGAUCAGGGACUUCACGACCGGCUACAGCAACAGCCAUACAAUCCUCGGAACGAUGAGCGGUUUCGGGAGUUCAUGGGGGUGGUUGCGGCAGCUGGCGGAUGUGCAGGGGAACCUGACGGUGUACGACAAGACGAGGGUGGCGAUGAGCUGGAUGACGACGAGGACUUUCGGGAGGCGGACAACGGCCGCACCUGGGUGAAUGACAAGUGCCCACUCAGCAUGAAAGAGGUCCUGGAUUUGGAGAGGCCAAUGAAGGACCCCUUGAACUACGUAUACGAGUACACGUACAUUAUGGCCUACCUGCAACCGCACCCCACCGGCUUCAAACAUCCGUGCGCGGGUGUACGGCAGGAGCUCCGGGUCAGUGAUCUCAAACCUGCGACUGACGUCAUCCGCGCCAAGCGCCGCCAGAGGCUCAUGCAGGCCUUGAACCCCACGGGCCCGUCGGGCUCUAAUAACGCGGAUGGGCGGGAGACGGCCGAGGACGUUAUCGUCGUGUGA